CAUUGUUCCACAUUAAUAUUCAAUAGUACGGAAUAAAGUUAGCUUCCAGAGAAGCAGUGAGGGCCGAGGGGAGAUGAAGAAGAUGGGAGUGAGUUUAGAAGGAGAGAAAGUAAUAAUGGUGGAAUACAUGAAAGAACAUGUCCCCAAGUACCAUCAAUGGAUGCAAGACCCUACCCUUCUCUCUGCUACUGGUUCGGAGCCCCUUACCCUUGAUCAGGAGUACGACAUGCAGCUCUCUUGGAAUCAAGACCCUCUUAAGUGCACUUACAUUAUUUUGGAUAAGCAAAUGAUCGUGGGAGGAUUUCUACACGGCCAGCCUCAUAUCGAAGCCAUGGUAGGCGAUGUAAAUAUAUAUAUGAAUGAUCCUGAGGACUCUCUUUUUGCAGAGAUUGAGAUUAUGAUAGCUGAGCCCAAAAUUCGAGGCAAAGGACUAGGAAAGGAAGCAGUCAUGAUGAUGAUGGCCUUUGCUGUUGAAAAUCUUGGGAUCCAUACAUUCCGUGCAAAAAUCGGAGAAUCAAAUCAAGCAUCACUUGAUCUCUUUCACAAAUUGGGUUUUCAGGACUCCUCAUUCAGUGCAAUUUUUAAGGAGUGGACAUUGGAGUUGCCCGUCACGAAGUCCAAGAGGGAAGAGCUGCAGUGUUGCGUUGAAUGAAGGUUCUUACAACCAAAACAUGGAACCAUCGCAUUGUUCAAUUGCAUCGGUAUCAAAACGGGGUCCACCUUUUAAGAAUGGUUUUUCCGCCCCACUCUUUAUAUGCAUUGAAACAAGGAGGCACUAUUAACUAUGACCUAUACAAAAAGGAGGAGCCACACCGUCCAAAAUGAUCCACAGAUUGGCAAUCCAGCUAUAAACUAAGGCUUGCCAAAAGCAAAAGGAAUCUUGGGUGAAGAACACUGCAAGCAGCACAACGUUCCAGCUAUACAAAUCGUGUAGGACUACUAUAAGACAGGAGCAACAGAACUGAUCUGCUCAGGAUACAGCCAAGUGUACAUAAACAUGAAUAGGCUAGCACUGCCAUACCUCUCAACUUCGAACCAACAGUAGCUCGCAUUGGCAGCAGCUUAUCCUGAGAGGCUUGAUGGAAUGUGGAGCAUCUUUAGACGGUCUUCAAUCUCACCCUGUAUUUGUAAGGCGAUGGAUUAAUUGAGGGCCUUUAACCAUGCCUUCCCAAAGGGCGAGGUUCCUAUUUAUCUAGAUGUAGUACACUGUUGAAGCAUAAAUAACUUUUAUCAUCUUCUGCUGGGUUCUUUUUAGCUUGUAUUUUCGAA